AGGUCUGUUUACUUCCAAUUAAACCAACAUUUAAAAAACAACAUUGUAAAACACAUUUUUGGUCAUAUAUUUGGUUUCUCAUCAUUCCAUUUCUGGUUUUGUUACAAAAAACGAAAAGACGAGUCAGUUUGGGUUCCUCUACAAUUGCGUGACAUUACAGAAACGAAAGUCUUCGGUAAGCCUUACUGGGAAACGAAACCUACACGGAUCAGAGAGUUUUUUUGCACAUUCUGUUGAGAACGGGUCUCCAGAUCUUACUCCUCUAAAUCUUCUCACCCUGCCGAAGCGUCUCAAGAAGAUGAAGAUGAUUUAUGUGCUUCUUAACGCUCUUGUGCUGCUGUCGGUGUUGGGCCGAACUGGGGCCAGAUAUCGAACAACUCCUUCAGGACUCUCCACCUUAAACCUGCGUGGUCAGAUGUUUACAGUGACAUAUGGCGGGGAACUCACCAUGUACACAGAUGCGAUCUCUCCCUCACCCUCUUCCUACCCAUCUCCCUCUUCCUCCCCAUCUCCCUCCUCCUCCCCAUCUCCCUCUUCCUCCCCAUCUCCCUCUUCCUCCCCAUCUCCCUCUUCCUCCCCAUCUCCCUCCUCCUCCCCAUCUCCCUCCUCUUCCUCCUCCUUCUCAUCUCCCUCCUCCUCAUCUCCCUCCUCCUCCUCAUCUCCCUACUCAUCCUCCUCCUCCUCCUCUCCCUACACCAGCUCGUAUCCCUACACUACCUCCUCUCCCUCUCCCUCUCUCUCUGCUCUGACUGUGUGUCUGCGUUACAUGGCUGAGGAGAGGAAAGACUUGACUCUCUUCAGCCUCACUCAGGGAAACUACUGGAACCUUUUACUGAGAAGUGGCUAUGGGAAGGACCACCUCUCCAUCUAUUCCUCCUCCCAGGACUUCUGCUCCUAUAGGCUGCUCAGCUCCAUCAGCGAGCCACGCCCCUGGACAAGCCUGUGCGUUACCUGGGAGAAAAAGAUGGGCGUGGCCCAGGUGUGGAGAGGCGGGACUGUCAGCGUCAGGAAGAGGGUGUUUGGCCAGUUGACCAAUGGGCCUCCUGUCUUGAACGUGUAUAAGUUUGAGGGGCAGGUAACUGACGUGGAAGUGUGGGACAGAGUCCUCUCCCCAAGCUGGAUAAUGGCCUUCAUGUCUGGGUGGCAGUCCUACUACACCCCUGGUAACCUGCUGACCUGGUCCAAGGCCAUCUACUCCACCAAUGGAGACGUCCUCCUGGAGGGAAACACCUACAACUCUGACCAUCAGCCUAUCAGAGGCCAGCACCAGCACCCAGGACCAAUGAGAAGGAAGAGAAAGAGAACGUUUAAAUUGAGGAAGAGUGAGAAGGCAGAGCAGAGACAGAGGGCAUGGCUGUAGGGGAGAGUAGUGAUUGCCACUAACUCUUACUUUAGAUUAGAAGAUGUGCUGUAUGUCCUAUCGAUGCUCCUUGGUUGAUACUUGUGAAUCACUCUGGGCCUGGUUUCCCAAAAGCUUCUUAAGGCUACGUUCAUAGUUAGAACCUUUGUAGGAGCAUCGUUAAAUCUCUGAGCUGUUUCCCAAAACCAUCAUUAUUAACGUUACACUUAAAAGCUUGUUAUUCAUCGACUGCCUCAGACCACCUAUAGAACAGCUAAGUGCGUUGUUAGAUGUGUUUUUUCCUUACCGCAUCACUUUAUACACAGAAGAUAUACGCUAAACAUAGAAUCAAGAUGUUUCGCUGUCUCUUGGUGACAGCAGAUAGCUUUACAACUAAGUUGACUACAAAUAAAGUUGCCAAUGUCUUUGCAAUUGUUACAAACACGCAAAGGAUAAAAAUAUGUUUAAAAUGAAAACCGAGAUGACUGCAUUAAAAGAUAAUUAGCCUACAGUAUAGGCUAUAUAGGCCUAUAUAAUUCAAUAAUA